AUGCCACCUUCCAAGACUGAAGUUAUCCUCACGGGGAUCGACAAUUGGGACGACUGGCAGAAGUUUGUUGCAAGUUUAAUUGAUAUAGACAUCUGGGAAGCGAUUAAACCUGCAAACCGAACUCAAGUGCUUCUACAAAAGCCAAGAAGACCGCAGGUAUCUGACUUUAACGCAAACGCUCAGACCGAAGCCAACCUUUCGGCGUCUCAAGUCAAUGCUUUCAAACUAGCGCGCGAUAAUUGGAAAGACAGCUCUAAGGAAUACGAGCAACAGAAAACCAACCUUACCAAAGCUAGAAGUGUUAUCAUUAGCCAUGUGGAUGAGAGAUUAGGUCGUUAUCUUGAUCAAGACGACGAUCUCCCCAGAUGGAUCGAUAGUCUAGCGGUAGCAGUCAAUGCUGAACAGACCAAGGCAACAGACGCACUUGUGAUAGAAUAUCAGCAGAUUAUUCGGUCAUUCAGUUGCACCGAUUCAACAACUUUCGGCGAUUGGAUCUGGAAGUGGGAGAACUUCCUCCUUAAAGCCGCACGGCAUCGAAUGCUUGAAGUUACUGGGGGUCGCUGGUUAUUUGACAUUGCCCGUCUUAUGGCAAAGUAUAACGGCAACUUCACUGAUAACUGCAGACAAGCUGCAGAAUCAUUUGUUUCAAAAACAAAAGAUUACAACAAGGCCGUUGAGCGAGGGGUACAGCAGCUAUUACAGCUAAAUGACCUCAGUGAUCACGGCAGGUUACGAGAAGCAGCAUUGGCAAUUCAAGGAGCUCUAAUCCAUACGCCUCCAAAAGCCACAGAUGCAAGCAAGGAAUGGUCAAUUGGAAGUGUCGCAGUCAAGUUACGGACCUGGGCUAGCUCUGCUCUCCCAGCACAACCACCAAAGCCGUCAAUUAGGCGAGGAACAGCAUUCCAGGCUGACACUAACGAGAGUGAUCAGAGUGAGAGUAUAACUCAAAACCCGUCUUGUCGGAAGAGGCCACGAACAGACAAUCAAGAUGGCAGUAACAAGAAACACGCUAUGGCCUGUGAAGCUUGCAGAUUACCGGGGCAUAAUUUGAGCACGUGUUGGGUAACCAUCCCAGAACUACGGCCAGAGGGAGUAACGGCAAAUAAGCGUCGAGAAAACCUUGUCAAGAAAACCUUGGCUGCUGACCCGGAACUAAGAGCCAAGGUGGCAGAACGCAGCUCAGAAAACCCAUGA